AAGAAUGCGAGAUGCACUUAGAGUCGAUACGCGUGGCGGAGGAGGAGAGACACCUAUACAGAGGAGGACAAUUUUGGAUUCAGCUAAAAGUCAGCUCCACAGAGAAAAUAAAUGGCACAGGUAUAUUCAAAAUGACAUUUAGGCAACUUUUUCCCUCAUCAUGAAUAUCGCUUCUCCUCCUAUUGGUUUCUACUUCUGAGCAUAACACGUCUCCAACAUGCCAUGCAGAGGGAUUUGCGAAUGAAUCACUCAGCCAUGCAACAGAAUGACAGUGCACAGACCCUGGCACCAGAGGUUUGUGAGCAGGUGCUGGAGGAUAAUGCAGGACUGGGUUACGGUGGCUCUACUGGUAACCUGUCGCUGCGGUGCUGGCUGUAUUUCUUAAGCAAGGAAUCUAUCCUGGAACUACAGGGCGAUGGCUCCAGCAUCACAGUGCGUGUGAUGAUAGCUCUGGUGUACUCCGUCGUGUGUGCACUAGGGCUAGUGGGGAACUCUCUGGCACUCUACCUGCUUCACUCACGCCACAGUCAGAAGCAGUCUUCCAUCAACUGCUUUGUAAUGGGCUUGGCUCUCACAGACCUACAGUUUGUUCUCACACUCCCUUUUUGGGCUAUUGACACGGCUCUGGACUUCCGCUGGCCCUUCGGCAAAGUAAUGUGUAAGAUCAUCAGCUCCGUGACCAUCAUGAACAUGUAUGCCAGCGUCUUCUUCCUGACUGCCAUGAGUGUGGCACGGUACUACGCGGUGACCACGGCCCUCAAGAUGCACAGCAGGCGGGCAGCGGCGGCUGGUGCCAAGUGGAUCAGCCUGGGAAUCUGGGUAGUGUCGCUGCUGGCCACCCUGCCCCAUGCCAUCUACUCCACCAGUGCCCAGCUGUACGACGAGGAGCUGUGUUUGGUGCGAUUCUCUGAGUCGGGCAGCUGGGACCCUCAGCUGCUCCUGGGGCUGUACCAGCUACAGAAGGUACUGCUGGGCUUUGUCAUCCCCUUGGUGGUCAUCACUGUGUGUUACCUGCUGCUGCUGCGCUUCGUGCUGAGCCAACGCAUCAGCGGAGCGACCUGCUCGGAGGGCUCGGAAGGCCGCCACAAGCACCGGUCCAAAGUCACCAAGUCGGUGGCCAUCGUGGUGCUGUCCUUUUUUCUGUGCUGGCUGCCCAACCAGGCGCUGACGCUGUGGGGCGCGCUGAUUAAGUUUGACCUGGUGCACUUCAGCAACGCAUAUUACAACGCCCAGAACUACACCUUCCCGCUGACUGUGUGUCUGGCUCACACCAACAGCUGCCUCAACCCUGUGUUGUACUGCAUAAUUCGCCGUGAGUACCGCACAGGCCUCAAAGAGCUUCUGCUGCGCGCCACAACCUCCCCAAGGAGCCUGACCAACUUGCUGCCCCGCAAAGCCAAGGUGGCAGAGGCUCCCCCUGACAUGGUGCUGGUCCAGAUGGAUGUUUGAGGCAUUUCAUGAAUUUGUUUGUUGUGAUUGACGGAACAGCACCAUCACAAGGAAUGCCCAUUAGGAUGUGCCCUAUUUUCUUUCCCCCUACUCAGAUUCUCUUUGCCAGAUGUGUUUUUCAUCUGUCUCCUCCGGUGCUUCUCUGCCUCUUAAGAACUUGUGCAGCCUUCCCGUAAUUUGCCAUGAAUAUGUAACACGUAGCACUCAUGUCAGGGGUCUCAAUGAGUUCAAACCAUAAUGCUUCACCUUCUGCUUUGUACCUGCCAGAUAACAGACACAAGUCGCCAUUCCACCUAUGAUCUCCAUCAAUUAUCCAUUUGUUUUCAAUCAUUUGAAUUGGGUAAUUUGCACUCAACAGAACAGACUUUCUGCCGCUGAUUGUAUUCACGAGAUGACGAAUAGAUGAGAGACUGUCCAUAGGAUGCAAGAGUUUAUUCAGAUACCACACACUAAUGUCUGUGCAGGGUGUUAUUGUCAUGCAAUUCAGUACCUUGUUAUUGCAUUUGGUCAUGUCCUGCUAUGCUAUAACUGUCCUUGGUAGGUGUAUAGAUCCUUUAAUUCAUCAAAUAGAACAUGAACUCAAUUAUAAUCUAUUGAUAUGGUUCAUUUUAUAUCAUUUUGAUUGGUGUUAUUGUUAUUACCAGAGCCAUGUUGGCAAAUGUCUCUCUCCAGGAAGCUUUGUUGUGUGUGCAAGUAACCGGUUAGUAGAGUAUGUUUUUACUCCAAAUAAUAUGUCUUUUUCUGAUAUAGAAAAAUAAAGGAGUGCUGGUGGGAACAUAUUGUAUAUGUGAUAGAGCUGAAUAGUUUAUCAGAGGAACACACAGAGAGCAAGUUGUACGUCACUGCCUUACACCACAUUAGCUGAUCAUGAAAGGAAAACAUUUCUCACAAAUGUUAACUGCAGUUGUACACAAGGUCAGGGUCUCUUAGCAUGUCCACUAGAAUGUAAGAAAACAAUUUAGAUUUGAAGGAAUGGAAAAGUUGCAUUACAUUGCAACAAAAAGACGACCUUGCUUUCAGUCUUUGCUUUCUCUGUCUGUUAAACGUGAGCUGCGCACACACACUGAGCCGCUGCUUGCUUUGAGCCAUACAAAGUGAAUUUAUUAUGGGAUAUCAUCCUCCUACCCAGUCAUAUAUCUAUAUUAAUAAUUCAGUUUGAAGGAAAUGUAUAAAAAAGUAUGAAAUAGUCGAAACCUUCAAUGGAAUGUGAACAAGUCUCUGUGAAAUCAUGUACUGUAAAGGUUAUAUUGCAAAAGCUACACUAUUUCUAAUGUGAUUCACCACUCUUUGUAAUUGUGUUGCCUUGAUCUCAUUAGCUAUAUAAACUGUUUUAGUACAGAUUGAAAUAUGAUUUUAGUGAAAUUGCAAGUGCAUUAUGUAGAAGUAAGAAAUAAACCAGUCAACUUGAACAUC